AUGGCUGCUGUUCAAACAGAGGUUUCCCUGUGCUCACAACCGUGGCAGAGGCCCUUGUACAUUUAUGGGGGGCUGGCAUGCAACUCUCUGAUGGCUGACUCCUGGUCGGACAGAACUCCUCUUCAUGACGCCGCCUACCAAGGCAGACUGCUGCACCUGAGAAGCCUCAUCGCUCAGGGCUUCCAUGUAGACACACUCACCAUGGACAGAGUCUCUCCUCUCCAUGAAGCCUGCCUUGGUGGCCAUUAUGCUUGUGCCAGAUUCUUGCUGGACAACGGUGCAGAUGUGGAGGCAGUGUCAACAGAUGGCGCUACACCUCUUUUCAACUCCUGCAGCAGCGGGAGUGCUGCUUGUGUCAGGCUCAUCUUGCAGCACAGAGCUUCCAUCCACACCCCCAGCCAGCUGGCAUCACCCAUCCACGAGGCCGCUAAGAAAGGUCACAGAGAGUGCCUGGAGCUGCUGCUGUCAUACGGAGCUCAUAUCGACAUGGAGCUGCCAGUGGUGGGGACGCCGCUGUAUUCUGCAUGCGUGGCUCGGGCUGCAGCCUGUGUGAGGGUGCUGCUACACUCAGGAGCAGAUGUUCAAAUAGGGUGUGGGCAGGACAGUCCUCUACAUGCUGCAGUUCGAGGUGGAGGGGCCAACGUUGUGGAUCUUCUGCUGGACUUUGGGGCUGAUGGGUGCUGUAGGAACGCAGAGGGAAAGACUCCUCUGGAUCUGUCAUUACCAAACAGCGAAGUGAGAAUUGCACUGCAGAAAAGAGGUCCCUGCUCUCUGUCUCAGCUCUGUCGGUUCUGUAUUCGCCGGAGUCUGGGAAGGACUCGCCUCCACAGAGCCUCCAGCCUCUUCCUUCCACACAUUAUCACAGACUUCCUCCUCUACCAAUGAGACGUCUCCAUGGCUCUCUGUGUGCGACGUGCGCUGCUUUGUCCUUCACAUUUGUGCCUUGUCACUAACAAGGCAAGUGAGAAAAAAGACAUUUGGAGAAUGGGACUACAUGUUGUCAGUCAUCUGAUUUUAUGACACAGUUGCUUUUAAUAUUACAAUAAUCAACGUAUGUAUUACUCAAAUUAAAUAUUUUGGACACGAGGGUGUAAAGAUCCAAGAUAAGUUGCAUUCAUACUGCAGUGCCUGUAAUGGAUCAGGUUUUGUAUUUGUAUACUUUUAAUGAAAUGCUUUCCAUUUUAAUGUCUAUGUAUUUUACAUCAUUCCAAAACUGUUUUCAAAGGAAAACUACAGAUCAAAAUCUGUUUACAGGUGUUAGUGCUACUGCGCUAUGUGAAAAAGUUGUGGGAAGCCUUUUGUGGCUCCAGAGAGAGCUGCUUGAAAGCUGAUAAAUUGCCUCGUGUGAUGUCACUGGAGUCAGCAUCAGUUGAGUCUGAAAACUGCACAUCUGUUGGAAAGGAGGAGCUUACCAAACCCCUGUAUUCUGCUCCUCAACCCUGCUUGAGGCUAGUGGCUUGAGGCUACAUUAGCCACUACUAGCCUAACACACCCAAAUCUCUGAAAGAUCUGUCGGCAGUCGAGUUGCAUUGUGGGUAACGUCAGCGCUGUGUUUUGACAAUGAGGAAGAAUGUGUGGAGUGAACCCGAUGACAUCUCUGGUUCUGCUGCAGUGAUUUUGAUUAAUUUCAUAAAAACUUGACAGCAUUGUAGGAGUGCAAUGAUAAAUCCUAACACUUAUAUUUUUAUGCAGGUUCUCACAAAAUAGGUAUGUUGUAAAUGUCCUUAUCCACAUUUUUUAAACAGCAUUUUAAAAAGAUGAUAGUCACAUCUUGUAUUCUUAACGUCUUCAGUGGUUUAGCCUUGUAGCCUUGUUAAUGGUGCCGUCAUGACUGUUAGUGUCUUCCCAUGUCUUGUAGUCAUACAUCCUAUGUUGUUAUUCCCGUUUGUAAACCACACACAUACUCAGCCUAUC